AAGACCAAGGCCCCCGCCUUCCCUCCUCCUCCUCCCUUACCUGGGAAGGGAGAGGCCAGCCCUCCUUCUCCUUCCUCCCUUGGAAGAACUAACUUUCCCCUGAAAGCAGGAGGGAGAGGAGGCUGCUGCUGCUGCUGCUGCCGCUCCUGGGCCAAAGGUCUCUCCUCCUCUCCUGCCCAGGCAGCAGCCCCCUCAGCCUCCCGGACUUGCCUCCUGCUGCUGCUGCUGCUGCUGCUUCUGCCCGGGCACUUUGGGGACUUUGGAGCCGGGCUUGGCUUCCUCUGGGCUUUCUUCUUCGGAUGCGGAGGAGAUGUCGGUGGCCGAGCUCUACACCCGGUAUACAAGAGUAUGGAUUCCUGAUUCAGAGGAAGUUUGGAAAUCAGCAGAAAUAAUCAAAGAUUACAAAGAAGGAGAUAAAACACUACACCUGAAACUUGAAGAUGAAACGAUCCAGGAAUAUCCUAUUGAUCCUAAAGCCAAUAAGCUUCCCUUCUUGCGUAACCCAGACAUUUUGGUUGGAGAAAAUGACCUGACAGCUUUAAGUUACCUCCAUGAACCUGCAGUCUUGCACAACUUAAAAAUCCGAUUCUUGGAAUCAAAUCACAUCUACACAUACUGUGGUAUUGUCCUGGUUGCCAUUAAUCCCUAUGAACAGUUGCCAAUCUAUGGACAAGAUGUCAUCUAUGCUUACAGUGGCCAAAACAUGGGAGACAUGGACCCUCAUAUCUUUGCAGUUGCGGAGGAAGCAUACAAGCAAAUGGCCAGGGAUGAAAAGAACCAGUCUAUUAUUGUUAGUGGCGAGUCUGGUGCUGGCAAGACAGUCUCUGCCAAAUACGCCAUGCGCUUCUUUGCAUCAGUCGGAGGUUCUUCCAGUGAAACCAACAUUGAAGAGAAGGUCUUGGCUUCCAGUCCUAUCAUGGAGGCAAUCGGGAAUGCGAAAACAACUCGAAAUGACAACAGCAGUCGUUUUGGGAAAUACAUUCAGAUUGGCUUUGAUAAAAGAUACCGUAUCAUUGGUGCUAACAUGAGGACGUAUCUGCUGGAGAAAUCAAGAGUUGUAUUUCAGGCAGAAGAUGAGCGAAACUAUCACAUUUUCUAUCAGCUAUGUGCCUCUGCUGGUCUUCCAGAAUUUAAAGAUCUCUCACUAACAUGUGCUGAAGACUUUUUCUACACAUCCCUGGGAGGAGACACAUCUAUUGAGGGAGUAGAUGAUGCAGAAGAUUUUGAGAGAACCAGGAAUGCUUUCACUCUGCUUGGAGUGAAGGACUCGCAUCAGAUGACAAUUUUUAAGAUACUUGCUGCCAUCCUACACCUAGGAAAUGUGGGACUUCAGGCGGAACGUGAUGGAGAAUCAUGCAGUUUAUCAAGACAGGAUGAACACCUGCAUAAUUUUUGCAGAUUGCUGGGAGUGGAGCACAGCCAGAUGGAGCACUGGCUCUGCCAUCGGAAGCUGGUCACCACUUCAGAGACCUACAUCAAGAACAUGUCCGUCCAGCAGGUUGUGAAUGCCAGGAAUGCGCUAGCCAAACACAUUUAUGCCCAGCUGUUCAACUGGAUUGUGCAGCACAUCAACAAGGCUCUGUACACCACGGUCAAGCAGCAUUCCUUUAUUGGGGUCCUAGACAUUUAUGGGUUUGAAACCUUUGAAGUGAACAGCUUUGAACAAUUCUGCAUCAACUAUGCCAACGAAAAGUUACAACAGCAGUUCAACUCGCAUGUGUUUAAAUUGGAGCAAGAGGAAUACAUGAAGGAGCAAAUCCCUUGGACACUCAUAGAUUUUUAUGACAACCAGCCAUGCAUAGACCUUAUAGAAGCUAAACUGGGUAUUUUCGAUUUACUGGAUGAAGAAUGUAAGGUCCCCAAGGGAACAGACCAGAACUGGGCUCAGAAACUAUACGAUCGCCAUGGCAGCAGCCAGCAUUUUCAAAAGCCUCGGAUGUCAAACACCUCCUUUAUUGUUGUCCAUUUUGCAGAUAAGGUGGAAUACCAGUGUGAUGGAUUUCUGGAGAAAAACAGAGAUACUGUGCAUGAAGAGCAGAUCAACAUACUGAAGGCCAGCAAGUACCCAAUGGUAGCUGAUUUGUUUCAUGAUGAAAAAGAUCCUGUACCCAUCGCUCCAGCUGGAAAGGGAACUUCCUUGAAAAUCAAUAUUCGUUCUGCCCGUCCAGUUGUGAAAGCCGCCAAUAAAGAGCACAAGAAAACAGUGGGGCAUCAGUUCCGUAACUCCUUACAUUUGCUUAUGGAGACCCUGAAUGCCACCACUCCACAUUAUGUGCGUUGCAUCAAGCCAAAUGAUGAGAAGCUUCCUUUUAGUUUUGAUCCAAAGAGAGCAGUCCAGCAACUGAGAGCUUGUGGUGUGUUGGAGACCAUCCGAAUCAGUGCAGCUGGCUACCCCUCAAGGUGGACCUACCAUGACUUUUUGAACAGGUAUCGAGUUCUUAUGAAAAAACGGGAUGUCUCAAAAAAGGAAGACAAAAAGUUGGCAUGUAAAACACUGCUUGAAAGCCUAGUUAAGGAUCCUGACAAGUUCCAGUUUGGGCGUACCAAGAUCUUCUUCCGUGCUGGCCAGGUGGCGUACUUGGAGAAACUACGGGCAGACAAGUUCCGUGCUGCUACCAUCAUGAUACAGAAGACAGUCCGUGGCUGGUUGCAGAGACUGAAGUACAAAAGGAUGAGAGAGGCAGCAAUAAUAAUCCAGAGACACACUCGAGGGCACCUGGCACGCAGACUAGCUGAUCGUCUGAGGAAAACGAGAGCUGCCAUUGUUUUCCAGAAGCAAUAUCGAAUGUUGAGGAUCCGCCAUGCGUACCAAACAAUCCGUAAAUCUGCCAUCACUAUCCAAGCCUUCACCCGAGGAAUGUUUGUGAGAAGGACCUAUCAAAAGAUGCUAAUGGAGCACAAAGCCACAAUCAUCCAGAAGCACGCCCGGGCUUGGCUGGCUCGGAAGCAUUUUGUCCAAUUCCGAAGUGCUGCUGUGGUCGUCCAGUGCUACUUCAGGCGCAUGAAGGCCAAGCAAGAGCUGAAAGCCCUGAAAAUAGAGGCACGGUCAGCAGAGCACUUGAAGAGGCUCAACAUCGGCAUGGAGAACAAGGUUGUUCAGCUGCAGAGGAAGAUAGAUGAACAGAACAAAGAAUACAAGCUCCUAACGGAGCAGUUAUCCUCAACCACCUCCACUUAUUCCACUGAGAUGGACAAGCUAAAGAAGGAACUGGAACGCUAUCAGCAGAAGAAGGGAGAUGGGAACCAGAUUACAAGUUUGCAAGAAGAGAUCGACUCUCUCCGGUUGGCUCUGGAGAAGGCGCAUGGGGAGAGAAAGAUUGUGGAAGACACCUACACAAAGGAGAAAGACAUGCUCCGAAGGCGGAUAUCAGACUUGGAGGAAGAAAAUGUGCUAUUAAAGCAGGAAAAAGAAGAGCUUAACAACAAAAUCUUGUGUCAGUCGGAAGAUGAAUUUGCACAAAUUGCCAUUGAGGAAAAUCUCCUUAUGAAGAAGGAGCUGGAUGAGGAGAGAACUCGCUAUCAGAAUCUUGUGAAGGAGUAUUCAAGGCUAGAGCAGAGAUACGAUAACUUGAGGGAUGAGAUGACUAUCAUAAAGCAAACCCCAGGACACAGAAGAAACCCAUCCAACCAAAGCAGUCUGGAAUCAGACUCCAAUUACCCAUCAAUUUCUACGUCUGAGAUUGGAGAUACAGAGGAUGCAAUACAACAAGUGGAGGAAGUUGGUUUGGAGAAGGCAGCCAUGGACAUGGCCCUCUUCUUAAAGCUUCAGAAGCGGGUGCGAGAGUUGGAACAGGAAAGAAAGAAACUGCAAAGUCAGUUGGAGAAGAAAGAGAACGAUAGCAAAAAAACUCAGGUAAUUGAAAUGAAGAACGAAAUGGAUUUGGACCGUGAUACAGAUCUAGCAUACAACAGUCUGAAGAGGCAAGAGUUAGAAUCAGAGAACAAGAAACUGAAAAAUGACCUUAAUGAGCUGAGGAAGGCUAUAGUGGAUCGGGUGGCACAGAACAACUCUUCCAAUGAUGUCCACGACAGUUACAGCCUCCUCCUGAAUCAGCUCAAGUCAGCUAAUGAAGAACUGGAAGUACGGAAGGAAGAGGUGCUUAUUCUAAGGACACAGAUUAUAACGGCAGCUCAGCAAAAAGAUGCAGGCAGAAAUAUGGAGUCAAACAUCAACAUGCAAACCAGCUGGCCGAACAGUGACAAACAUGUGGAUCCAGAAGAUGCAAUAGAAGCCUAUCAUGGAGUAUGUCAGACAAACCGCAAGACUGAGGACUGGGGGUAUCUGAAUGAAGAUGGAGAGCUCGGUUUGGCCUAUCAGGGUCUAAAGCAAGUUGCCAGGCUUCUUGAGGCCCAACUCCAGGAACAGAAGAGAGAACAUGAAGAGGAGGUGGAAACACUGAAGGACCAAAUGGAAACCCUGAGAGAGGAAAUGGAGAAACAGCAGGAAGUCUUUUUCCAGACCUUCCAACUCUCACCAGAAGCCCAAGUGGAGUUUGGUAUACAGCAAGAAAUCACACGGCUGACGAAUGAAAACCUGGAUCUCAAGGAGCUGCUAGAAAAGUUAGAAAAGAAUGAAAGGAAGCUGAAAAAACAGCUCAGGAUUUACAUGAAGAAAGUCCAAGAUUAUGAAGCUGAUCAAGCCAUCAUACAAACUGAAAAGCGGCAGCAUGAACUCAACAGGCAGGUCACUGUCCAAAGGAAGGAGAAAGACUUCCAGGGAAUGUUGGAAUACUGUAAAGAUGAUGAACCCCUACUCAUAAGAAAUCUCAUUACAGAUCUGAAGCCUCAAACAGUCUCUGCCACAGUACCUUGUCUUCCAGCCUAUAUCCUCUACAUGUGCAUCAGACAUGCAGAUUACAUUAAUGAUGAUCAUAAAGUACAUUCCUUGCUUACCUCUACCAUCAAUGGCAUUAAAAAAGUAUUAAAGAAACAUAAUGAUGAUUUUGAGAUGACGUCUUUUUGGCUGGCUAACACCUGUCGCCUUCUGCACUGCCUGAAGCAAUACAGUGGAGAUACGGGCUUUAUGACCCAAAACACUGCAAAACAAAAUGAACAUUGCCUGAAGAAUUUCGACCUUACCGAGUAUCGCCAGGUCUUAAGUGAUCUCUCUAUUCAGAUCUACCAGCAGCUCAUUAAAAUUGCGGAAGGUGUAUUGCAGCCCAUGAUAGUGACUGCUGUGUUAGAAAAUGAAAGCAUCCAGGGCCUGUCAGGCGUGAAGCCAAUGGGCUACCGGAAACGAAGCUCCAGCAUGGGGGACAAUGACAACUCAUACACUUUGGAAGCAAUCAUCCAUCAGCUGAACACAUUUCACAGUGUCAUGUACGACCAGGGCCUUGACCCCGAGAUCAUCCAGCAGGCUGUCAAGCAGCUCUUCUAUAUGAUCAAUGCUGUGGCUCUCAACAACCUGCUGCUCAGGAAAGACGUCUGCUCUUGGAGCACCGGGGUGCAACUCAGGUUUAACAUAAGUCAGCUGGAGGAAUGGUUGAGAGGAAAGAACCUGCACCAAAGUGGGGCUGCCAAGACUCUAGAGCCUCUGAUCCAGGCAGCACAACUCCUGCAGCUGAAAAAGAAAACCUCAGAAGAUGCUGAAGCAAUUUGCUCUUUGUGCACAUCCCUCACCACACAGCAAAUUGUAAAAAUACUCAACCUCUACACUCCUGUGAAUGAAUUUGAAGAGCGGGUGACAGUAGCCUUCAUAAGAAAUGUCCAGGCACAUCUGCAAGAGCGGAAUGACCCUCCACAGCUGCUGCUAGACUUCAAGUUCAUGUUUCCUGUUUUGUUUCCAUUCAAUCCUUCUUCUCUAACCAUGGACUCUAUUCAUAUCCCAGCUUCUCUUGGCCUAGAAUUCCUUAACAAAGUUUGAAGACACAAUUUUGACUCCCAGCCAAGAAUUUUCCAAGAGUUCAAGCAAAAUAAGGAAGGGGGAAAAAACUGAAUGAAAGGAUCUCUUCAAAUGUGGACCAAACUAAUGGUUAAAGGAACCAAUACACUUUAGGCAACCAAUGCUCAAUUGUACAGCCUAAAAAUCUAACUUUAUAUUUUCAUUGGAUGCAUUUUGAUUUGUAUGGGGAGUUUUUUUUUGGAGGGGACUAGAUCUUUCAGUUAAUACUUGAAACAAAAAAGGGGAUUUGUACUGCUUAACAUCAUGCUAACAUAUUGCCUCCCGGCUGUCACUAAAAUUCUGUCAUUCAUAACUGGGACAUUAUUUUGAUUUUCAUAAAUUAUGGCUAUCCGGAAAUGUUUCAUUGAAAUAACAAAAAAGCACAUUAGAUGGCCAAGCACCUUUAUACUUUAUUAUGAGGUUUGCUUGUACAUACCAGAAGCAGACUUCAAUUGGUGCUGCCAGCCACCAUUUUAAAACUAUCAUUUCAGGCAAUAAAGUUGCUCUAGGCAAAACUAUGAAUUUGUGACACACUUAGAAAAGUGGAGGAGAAAACUACUUGUUACCUGAUCUCUGAAGCUUGGGAAGGUGAUAACAGUUAUGCUCUCUGUUCCAUUCAAAUGCCAUUUUGUAUGUAUUAUAAGGCAGACUGGUAACCAAAACAGUAUCAGUCCAGCCUUAACAUAUUACAAGGCCAUAAAUAUUGCUUCUAUAUGAAA